AUGUCAAGCGAGGAAAGCUACCGGGCCAUUCUUCGCUACCUGACAAACGAGCGUGAGCCGUAUGCUCCGGGCACGGAGGGCAAUGUCAAGCGUAAAAUCCGCAAAGCGGCCGCCUGCUAUGUGGUGCGCGGUGGGACCUUGUACUACCAGCGGCGGCAGCGGCACCGCAAGACCUUCGCGGAGCUGGAGGUAGUGCUGCAGCCCGAGCGGCGCCGGGGGCUCAUCGAGGCGGCGCACCUGGGCCCGGGCGGCACUCACCACACCCGGCAUCAGACCUGGCACGACUUGUCCAAGACUUACUGGUGGCGAGGUAUAUUAAAGCAAGUGAAAGAUUACAUUAAACAGUGUAGCAAAUGCCAGGAGAAGCUAGAUCGGUCCCGUCCAAUAUCAGAUACUUCAGAAAUGUUAGAAGAAUUGGGACUAGACCUUGAGUCUGGAGAAGAAAGUAAUGAAUCAGAGGAUGAUCUGAGCAAUUUUACUUCAGCUCCAACUGCAGCCUCCAAGCCUGCAAAAAAGAAGCCAGUGUCCAAACAUGAACUUGUAUUUGUUGACACCAAAGGAGUGGUGAAACGUUCUUCUCCAAAACAUUGUCAGGCUGUCUUAAAGCAGCUCAACGAACAGAGACUCUCCAACCAGUUCUGUGAUGUUACUUUGUUAAUUGAGGGAGAGGAGUACAAAGCUCAUAAAUCUGUUCUGUCAGCUAAUAGUGAAUAUUUUCGAGAUCUUUUUAUUGAGAAAGGAGCUGUUUCCAGUCAUGAGGCAGUGGUGGAUCUUUCUGGUUUUUGUAAGGCAAGCUUCCUUCCUUUAUUGGAAUUUGCCUACACUUCUGUGCUAAGUUUUGACUUCUGUAGCAUGGCUGAUGUAGCCAUCCUGGCUCGUCAUCUUUUCAUGUCGGAAGUUUUAGAAAUCUGUGAGAGUGUGCAUAAACUAAUGGAAGAGAAGCAGCUAACAGUAUAUAAGAAGGGUGAAGUACAAACAGUUGCAUCCACCCAGGACUUACCAGAACAAAAUGGAGGCACUGUGCCUCCUGUGGCUAGCAACGAGGGGACCACAACAUUAUCUACUGAACUUGGGGACUGUGAAAUUGUACUAUUGGUGAAUGGAGAAUUGCCAGAAACUGAGCAGAAUGGAGAGCUAGGACAGCACCCUGAACCCCAGGUUUCUUCAGAAGCUGAAGCCACUCUGUCACCUGCAGGCUGUAUAACUGGUUCCCAUCCUGAAAUGGAGUCUGUUGAUUUAGUAACAAAAAAUGAUGAGACAGAAGUAGAAACUUUAAACAGAGAAGAUAGCGCACCUUCUGAUAUUAAUCCCAAACUUUCAAAAGAGAAUGUGAUCAGUAACUCUCCAGAAAACAGUGAUAUGGGAAAUGACCCAUCAAGUGAAGAUAUCUGUGCUGAAGACAUUCCAGAGCAAAUGCAGAACCUUAGCCAGUCUUUAAGAGAUCAGGAAAAUCUAGUUGCACUGACAGCAAAGCCAGACCUUAGCACUGAUGAUGAAACUUACAGAAGCAGACUUCGGCAGCGUUCUGUUAAUGAAGGGGGAUAUAUCCGACUACACAAAGGAAUGGAGAAAAAGCUACAGAAACGGAAAGCCAUUCCCAAGUCAGCAGUUCAACAGGUAGCCCAGAAAUUAGUUCAAAGAGGGAAAAAAAUGAAACAGCCAAAAAGGGAUACGAAAGAGAAUACUGAAGAGGCAGCAUCCCAUAAAUGUGGGGAAUGUGGAAUGGUUUUUCAGAGACGAUAUGCCCUUAUAAUGCAUACACUGAAACAUGAAAGAGCUAGAGAUUACAAAUGUCCGUUGUGUAAAAAACAGUUUCAGUACAGUGCCUCCUUGCGAGCACAUCUUAUUCGACAUACCAGAAAAGAUGCACCCACUUCAUCUUCUUCCAAUUCCACGUCUAAUGAGGCAUCAGGAACAUCGUCUGAGAAGGGGAGAACCAAACGAGAAUUUAUAUGUUCCAUAUGUGGAAGGACAUUACCUAAAUUAUAUUCUCUUCGAAUACACAUGUUAAAGCAUACAGGUGUAAAGCCACAUGCAUGCCAGGUCUGUGGAAAGACUUUCAUCUAUAAACAUGGUCUAAAAUUGCACCAGAGUCUCCAUCAAUCACAAAAGCAGUUCCAGUGUGAACUAUGUGUUAAGUCAUUUGUUACCAAACGGAGUCUUCAAGAACAUAUGAGUAUUCACACAGGAGAGUCCAAGUACCUUUGCUCAGUUUGUGGAAAGUCUUUUCACAGGGGCUCUGGCCUCAGCAAGCACCUAAAGAAACACCAGCCAAAGCCUGAAGUUCGAGGCUAUCAUUGUACUCAAUGUGAAAAAAGUUUCUUUGAAGCUAGAGAUCUUCGUCAGCACAUGAACAAACAUCUUGGUGUGAAGCCAUUCCAGUGCCAAUUUUGUGAUAAGUGCUAUAGUUGGAAGAAAGAUUGGUAUUCCCAUGUGAAGUCUCAUUCUGUCACUGAGCCUUAUAGGUGUAAUAUAUGUGGCAAAGAAUUUUAUGAAAAAGCAUUGUUCAGAAGGCAUGUAAAGAAAGCUACCCAUGGAAAAAAAGGAAGAGCGAAGCAGAACCUGGAACGGGUAUGUGAACAAUGUGGAAGAAAAUUCACUCAGCUAAGAGAGUAUAGGAGACACAUGAACAACCAUGAAGGAGUUAAGCCAUUUGAAUGCUUAACAUGUGGAGUAGCUUGGGCUGAUGCCCGAUCUCUAAAACGCCACGUCAGAACGCAUACUGGUGAACGGCCCUACGUCUGCCCUGUAUGUAGCGAAGCCUACAUAGAUGCUCGAACCCUCCGUAAACAUAUGACUAAAUUCCACAGAGAUUAUGUGCCUUGCAAAAUUAUGCUGGAAAAAGAUACCCUUCAGUUUCAUAACCAAGGAACUCAAGUCGAGCAUGCUGUUAGUAUCUUAACAGCAGACAUGCAGGAACAAGAAAGCAGUGGUCCUCAAGAACUUGAGACUGUGGUCGUGACAGGAGAGACCAUGGAAGCACUCGAAGCCGUGGCAGCUACGGAAGAGUGUCCAUCAGUAUCUACGCUUUCUGACCAAAGUAUUAUGCAAGUGGUUAAUUACGUGUUGGCACAACAGCAAGGACAGAAGCUGUCUGAAGUUGCAGAAGCGAUUCAAACUGUCGAAGUAGAGGUGGCACAUAUUUCAGAAACAGAGUGA